AUGACUGAAGGUCUCCCGUACAAACAUGAGAAGCCGAUGUGUGUACGCAUGUGGCUGGAAGUGGGGCACGUGUGCGAACCACGGCAGUCGGUGACGGGGCGCGCACUGGCGCUGGACUGGCGCGUGUGGGUGCGCGGCGUUCGUGGUGACAUUAGCGCGUUUGUACAGAAGGUGGUCUUCAAACUACACCCGCCCUCCGCUUUUGUUUAUCCUAAGCGAGUGCGCCAAGAGCCGCCGUAUGAAAUCCAAGAGUCCGGUUGCGCGUCCAUUGACAUACCUAUCCAAGUGUACCUGAAAUUUCCAAGCAAGCCAAAGAAAAUUUGUCUCAGAUACAACCUAUAUAUCGAGAACAAUAACAAGGCGACGUCAGAUUCACGCUGCGUUUAUUACGACUUUGAAAAUCCAUCGGAGACAUUGUGCAGUGCUUUAAUGAAGGGUGGCGGUGAGGUCAUCGCUCACACCAUCAAAAACGAAACAAACAAACUAGUCGUGUUCCUUGAAAAUAAGCCGAAAGAAUUAAAGCCUAGAAAACUGAAAAGAUACAAAUACGUAGAGCCUAUAAGAUGCAAGCAUGGAACGAAGGCGUCCCUAUUAGAUGAUAUUUGUUCGAAGUGCGGAGAAUCAAUAAGUCCGGACUUCAGACAGCAAUUACGCUCAAUUAAAAUGACCGAAGAUGAGAUAAACAGGGUGUCACAGUUAUAUUUAUCUUAUAAAAGUUAUGAGAAAUCAGUGAAUUCGUUGAUAUUGCCUCCUAUAUCGGAUCCGAUUUACAGAUUGCCAGAGUUGCCAGCGUCUUUGCAGAGCGCGCUUACUAGUGUUGAAGCGGACUAUGCGAUGCAA